GUAUCGGGGAACAGACGAUCAUACGUGAAAGAACAAUUGAAAGUUCACCGGGAUCGUAUUCAGUGUGUUGUACGAUCCAUGCGUUGAUUCGUCCGUAGCGACGCUUUUCCUAUCGUCCCAAAGGAUUUUACCAUCGUGAUGAAACUUCACGAGAAGAAGGAGUCCGGUAUACACAAAGUGCAGGAGGUACCUCUGGAGGAGGUGGAAUUGUCCAAAGAGUAUGAGGUGGAGAAGACUCUAGGCGAGGGGAGUUUCGCCAAAGUUUUGUUAGCGACGCACCGAGCGACGCGAACUCGGAUAGUGUUAAAAGCCGUCCACCAAGAACUGACCACGGAAAAGGACUUUUUCCGCGAGUUCCACUACUCGUACCACCUGAGCCCUCACCCGAACGUUCUGUGUUCGUACGCGGUCGCGUUCAAGUCCGAAAAGUGUUUCGUUUUUGCCCAAGAGUACGCGCCGCACGGCGACCUCGCCGGGAACGUGAGAGCAGGAGGUCUCAGCGAGGAGGCUUGCAAGAGGAUCGCGGGCCAGCUGGGCUCCGCUCUCGAUUUCAUCCACUCCAAGCAACUGGCUCAUCGCGACAUCAAGCUCGAGAACGUGCUGGUGUUCGCCUCCGACAUGUCCAAAAUCAAGCUGUGCGAUUUCGGUUGCACGAGGCGGGAGGGGACCCUCGUGAACAAGAUCCGUUGCACCUGGCUGUCGUUUCAACCUCCGGAGAUCUACGAGAUCGUAAAGAACGAGAGGUACGCGUGCAAGAGGAGCGCCGAUUGCUGGCAAUUCGGCAUCGUGUUGUUCGUGUGCCUGACAGGAAAUCCGCCCUGGCAGAGCGCCGAUCUCAUCCAGGAUCCCGAGUAUUCAGCCUUCCAACGAUGGCUGAAACGUCGCACCACCAAGAUACCGCCGACCUUCAGACGAUUCACGCCGAGGUUGCUGCGUUACUUUAGGCGAGUGUUCGAGCACAAACCCGAGAAGAGGCCGCACGUCACGGAGAUCAACAAGUAUCUGAAGGACUCGUGGUGCGUCAACAAAAUCAGUCACAGCGCUACCUCGACGUCGGUCGACGCCAGCGAGACGAUCGCGAGGCGGGGCGACAGUUUGCUCUACCUCGACACGGUGCUCGACGAUCACAGGAACGUCGACGAGAACAAGAACAAACUGAGGAAGCUUCUGAACAGUUACGGCCUCGAGACGACGAUCGAUCAGAAAGUGGUCACCAAGAGGAUCUGGGAGUGGGUGAUGCAGUGCGAUUCGAACAUCGGCGAGCCAGCUUUGGUCGGUAGCCUCGGGACGGAGGGCAUAUGAGAGAUAGUCAGAGCCACCAGCGAACCCUGCCUCAGAAGCGAUCGCCGGGAACGAAAGCAUAGCUUCGCCGGCUUCGGCGCCGUUCACGACGGAUACAAUACGUCCUUCUCCCUUUUGCAACGUGCCAAACAGUCCGUCGAAACGACCGCGACGGACUCGACUUUCUCACCCUUUCAUUAGUGGCUACUUGCCGUGUUUCGUCGCUUCCGCGUCACCGCGUUCAAUUAUUCCCCCCAAACUCGAUACGCCACCGACGCGGAACGCGAAAACGUGUGAUAAUCCCACCCUCUCUCAGUCUUCUUCGCCCUUUUCAUUUCCUUCCAUUUCCGACCCCACUCCUCCUAAUUCUCCGUCUCCCUCUCUCAACUUCCUCUACAAGCGGACCAAUUAUCUAUCGACGGACGCAUCGCAGAUAUUGUAUAUGCGUACGAACCUACGUAUACCACUGGUAUAUACAUAUGUGUAUACACAGGCUGUUCAACUGUAGCUGGGCAUUCUUCCAGGAAGCGAGUUCGUUUUUCUUAGAUUCUCUAUUCCCUAUUCAGCCCCUACUCUAUUCCCUACUCGUCCCUAAUUACCCGUCUUCGUUAUUUAAAUACGAUCAUUUCGGCCAAUAAUAUGCUACAAUGAAGAAUGCGCAUACGUAGAGGCGUGACGAUCCCACGUAUUCUAUACUGAAGAGACGUUCCGUGGUCCACGUCAUAUUUCUUCAUCUUCGCCCCUAAAAUAAAUAUUUGGUUAGCAAUGAAAACGUGAUCAAAGAGUUGUAAAAACGUGCGUGUCCCCAAAAUGAAUUUUUCUAGAAAUAUUUCCACAGUACCUUCCUCCUUCGUUCUUCUUAACAUUCAUCUCGUCGUGGCCCGCAGAGUCGCCUCCUAAAAGAAUGCCCAUCUACAGUCUGACAUUACGUAUAUGUAUAUAAAGUGUUUAAUACCUACAGGAUAUAAUAUAUGUAUAUAUUAAUGUACAGAUGCGUACGACCGUCUUUCGUACACUUCCUUUUCACGAAACAACUUCGAGGCGAGAAUUGCCCAAUAGGCUACCGCGUACAAAGCAACCAAAGUGUGAAUCCGCGCGACAAGGCAAUUCCUCUUCCUGUAACGAAUACGAAACGAAUGUGAUAAAGCAAAACAAACUCGUUAAGACUGCGGCGAACGCGAAUGUAACUGCGAUCGGUGUUUUCGGUGUCGACUAUAGAGACAAUAAUGACUGCGGAUUUCCUAGUAAUUUAUUACGUUACCAUAAUUACAUAGACUAGAGAACGUGAACCGGUAUAGAUAGAAGUGUACCUGGCGAGGCCUUGCGUGAUAAUCGAGAGUAUCGUACCAUCGAGAACGUAGGAAGAACGCGAUAGCAGAGAACGCGAAGUGAAACACGUUCGAAUGUGCGCGAAAACAGGACGAAGACGCCAAUUGGCGUAACAUUCGAAACGGACUAAACGAUAUUUAAUGUUAUUAAGCGAUAUAGAGUACGCAUACGCAUAGCGCGCAUAUAUUCUUCUAGCAAUUUAUUAGUAGAUGGAGCGAACAGAAGAAGAUCGGUGGAGUACUGUUGUCGCGCGAGGAGAAUGCAACUGGCCACGCCCCCAGGGCCAACCAAUCGUAUUCAGCGAGACGUUAGUGUCGCGUUUACUUACAAUUAGACUUAGACUAUGAACACUUGGCGUGCGAGCAACGUACUUUUACGUUUUUCGCAGUCUGUCACUGGAGCGCGGGUCACAUAAAAAUACGUAUUUAGUAGAUUUUUGGCCGCUGCACGCGUAAGUCAGCGGCGAAGUGUACCCGCAUGCCAAGUGUGAAAAGCGUUGUCUAUCGGAAGACGCAUUUUCUUGCAUCGCAGACGCUCAAUUGUUUAUAAAACUAAACUCUGUAGUAUGUUCAUCCUACAGGCGGAGUCUAUCGUACUCUACUCGCGUGACGACAGUACAUACUUGCUGGAGCUAUCUUACCACCGAAGUACACAUGUGCUUUCGCGGUACGUGGCUCUCAAAGCCGCUGAAAAUUAGAGAUGGGCAGAUCAUUUACCUAAAUACGAAUCUCGAAAAAUACACAACCUUUUGUCGCUGUACAGUGUUUGUAUUCGUUUACUAUUUAAAUAAGAUAUUGCCCAUCUCUACGGAAAACACGAUAGUAAGAAACGAAACGCACCACCGAACGGAAGAAAUGUGCAGCGAAGACGGCGCGUCAGGCCUCCGUUAACGCUAAGCAAUGUUUUCUAUAUAAACAUUACCAAAAUAAACGUUGCAAUUACAUAGAA